AUGUCCAACAACUGCUGUUCUGAAAACUCUUCCCAUUCCCUUGGGGACUGCCAAAGCCACCCAGCCUCCUCCAGUGGUUCUUCCAACCCCAGCAACAUGACCUGCAAUAUUGACCUCAGCUCUUGUGGGCCCUGCCAGUGCGGAACUGCUCUCUCCAGUGGCUGCCAGGGGACCGGCGGUAAGCCCUUCAGCUGCCACACAUCUGGUGUGGUGUCCAGCCCCUGCCUGACGUCCUGCUCCCGCCCCAGGCCCUCCACCCCCUUCAGUCCUUCCCAGACAACUACUUCUGGGCCUCAGGGCUGUGGGUCCAGCAGCAGCUGCUCCCAGAGUUAUGAAUAUGGAAGCUCCUACAUAGGGGAAUGUGGUUCCAGUAACUUCAGACCACAGGCUCGUGGAGUCCACAAUUUCCCCUCAUUGAACUAUGUGUUUGGAUACUGCCACCCUGACUACUUGACUUCUAGCACCUGCCGGGCAUCUUGUUACAGAUCAACCUAA